AUGUUCUUCGUAUCCUCGAAUCUCCUUCCUCUAAUCCUCUUUCUACCUUAUGGCUUAUGUGCGAAUAGUCAAUAUGAACAAGGGAGUAUAACGAUACCGACCUCGACGGUACUUUCGAUCGGACUUGGAUUUUUAGCAUUCGCAAUUGGAUCUCUAAUGUUAUUAUGUUCGAUUAGGAUGAAUCGUUUGAGGAAACAAGCCAAAAGGAUGAACAAACCAUUUAGGGAAAUAUGGGAAGAUGAAGGUGGUUUUUGGGGUUUCUUAACUUCCUUCGGUGAUGAUGGUAAUCACAAUCAUACUUCUUUUAUUGGCGCAACAGGUAGAUCAUUAAACUAUGGUUUGGGUACAAUAAGACUAUUACCUUUUGGUUAUAAUAUGAAUGAUUUCGAAGAAAUCGAUAAUGAUGAAAAUCUUGCAAAGAAAAAGAAACCGGUUUUAUGGGAUUAUGAUUAUAAGAAUUAUAAUGAAGACGAUAUACAACCAGUAUCAAUCACAUCGAGUUCUAUGCCUACCACAGACAAAGUACCGUCACCUUUACCAGUUCUCAAUCUAUGUGUCUUAAUCUCGUUACCUAGUGAAACACCUCUAGAACAAAAUACAGAUCCAGAUGAACUACCUCAGAUGAUCAUAGGUUCGACAACCCUUUUACCGAUAAUAACGGCAGAAGAAAUACCCAAAAGAGUUUCUCAGGAUUCGCACAUCUCCUCGUCUUCAAUGACAGAAGGAAAGUUGGAGAAGAAGGGUGAGGCUGAGAUACAGCAAAUUGAAUAUGCGUAUGGCGCUACGGGAAACGGCAUUGGCAUUAAAAAGAGAGCGGAAUGGAAAGGUGAUACAGGUUCUUGGUAUAUCGAAGGUUUGAAGGAUGAUUAG